UAUUAUCUCUACCUCCUCUACUAUCUCUAUGGGUAUGUUAUUAUCUCUACCACCUCUACUAUCUCUAUGGGUAUGUUAUUAUCUCUACCACCUCUACUAUCUCUAUGGGUAUGUUAUUAUCUCUACCUCUACUAUCUCUAUGGGUAUGUUAUUAUCUCUACCACCUCUAUCUCUGGGCAUGUUAUUAUCUCUACCUCCUCUACUAUCUCUACGGGUAUGUUAUUAUCUCUACGGGUAUGUUAUUAUCUCUACGGGUAUGUUAUUAUCUCUAUGGGUAUGUUAUUAUCUCUACCUUCUCUACUAUCUCUACGAGUAUGUUAUUAUCUCUACGGGUAUGUUAUUAUCUCUACUAUCUCUAUGGGUAUGUUAUUAUCUCUACCUUCUCUACUAUCUCUACGAGUAUGUUAUUAUCUCUAUCUCUACGAGUAUGUUAUUAUCUCUACCUCUACUAUCUCUACGAGUAUGUUAUUAUCUCUACCUCUACUAUCUCUAUGUGUAUGUUAUUAUCUCUACCUCUACUAUCUCUAUGGGUAUGUUAUUAUCUCUACCACUACUAUCUCUAUGGGUAUGUUAUUAUCUCUACCACCUCUACUAUAUCUAUGGGUAUGUUAUUAUCUCUACCACCUCUACUAUAUCUACGGGUAUGUUAUUAUCUCUACCACCUCUACUAUAUCUACGGGUAUGUUAUUAUCUCUACCACCUCUACUAUCUCUACGGGUAUGUUAUUAUCUCUACCACCUCUACUAUCUCUACGGGUAUGUUAUUAUCUCUACCACCUCUACUAUCUCUACGGGUAUGUUAUUAUCUCUACCUCUACUAUCUCUACGGGUAUGUUAUUAUCUCUACCUCCUCUACUAUCUCUACGGGUAUGUUAUUAUCUCUACCUCCUCUACUAUCUCUAUGGGUAUGUUAUUAUCUCUACCACCUCUACUAUCUCUAUGGGUAUGUUAUUAUCUCUACCACCUCUACUAUCUCUAUGGGUAUGUUAUUAUCUCUACCACUUCUACUAUCUCUAUGGGUAUGUUAUUAUCUCUACCACUUCUACUAUCUCUAUGGGUAUGUUAUCUCUACCACCUCUACUAUCUCUACGGGUAUGUUAUCUCUACCACCUCUACUAUCUCUAUGGGUAUGUUAUCUCUACCACCUCUACUAUCUCUAUGGGUAUGUUAUUAUCUCUACCACCUCUACUAUCUCUAUGGGUAUGUUAUUAUCUCUACCACCUCUACUAUCUCUAUGGGUAUGUUAUUAUCUCUACCACCUCUACUAUCUCUAUGGGUAUGUUAUUAUCUCUACCACCUCUACUAUCUCUACGGGUAUGUUAUUAUCUCUACCACCUCUACUAUCUCUACGGGUAUGUUAUUAUCUCUACCUCCUCUACUAUCUCUACGGGUAUGUUAUUAUCUCUACCUCCUCUACUAUCUCUAUGGGUAUGUUAUUAUCUCUACCACCUCUACUAUCUCUAUGGGUAUGUUAUUAUCUCUACCACCUCUACUAUCUCUAUGGGUAUGUUAUUAUCUCUACCACUUCUACUAUCUCUAUGGGUAUGUUAUUAUCUCUACCACUUCUACUAUCUCUAUGGGUAUGUUAUUAUCUCUACCACUUCUACUAUCUCUAUGGGUAUGUUAUCUCUACCACCUCUACUAUCUCUACGGGUAUGUUAUCUCUACCACCUCUACUAUCUCUAUGGGUAUGUUAUCUCUACCACCUCUACUAUCUCUAUGGGUAUGUUAUUAUCUCUACCACCUCUACUAUCUCUAUGGGUAUGUUAUUAUCUCUACCACCUCUACUAUCUCUAUGGGUAUGUUAUUAUCUCUACCACCUCUACUAUCUCUAUGGGUAUGUUAUUAUCUCUACCACCUCUACUAUCUCUACGGGUAUGUUAUUAUCUCUACCACCUCUACUAUCUCUACGGGUAUGUUAUUAUCUCUACCACCUCUACUAUCUCUACGGGUAUGUUAUUAUCUCUACCAUCUCUACGGGUAUGUUAUUAUCUCUACCUCCUCUACUAUCUCUACGGGUAUGUUAUUAUCUCUACCUCUACUAUCUCUACGGGCAUGUUAUUAUCUCUACCUCCUCUACUAUCUCUAUGGGUAUGUUAUUAUCUCUACCACUACUAUCUCUAUGGGUAUGUUAUUAUCUCUACCACUUCUACUAUCUCUAUGGGAUGAUCUACGUGUUGGUGAGCUCUUAGAGUGGUCAGAGUAAUGAUCUGCAUGUACGAGAUGAAACACUGUGGUUUUAGUGGAGAAGCUGAAACCGGGACCUGCAGGAAGACUGAUCAUUUACCACAGAGUGAUACAAGAUGUCCGCCGUUUCAACAGGAUGGACUAAACCCCCCCCCCCUCCCAGCGCAGAGCAGAGCGGCCAUUACUAUACAAAAAAAACAUUUCUCCCUUUAUUUUUAUCUUCAAUUUGGGUCACAGCUUUCCGCUCGUUCAUAGUUUGUGAGUCCACUGAAUGCUUUCUGAGAGGAAGACUAACGAGAACAGACCUUUGGACUCUUUUCCAUUAUCAUGUGAUGCUUUAAAAUUGAUUUCAAAUAGUUUAUCAUGUUUGUUUUUGACCCCCUCCCUACUUUUGACUGUUUACAACCCCCCCCCCCCCCCC